CCCCACCUCCUUCCCUCUGUCUCUCUCUCUCUCUCUCUCUCUCUCCGUUGAAAGGUCGAGGAGCAGCGGAGAAGUGACGCCUGUGGUGGUCAGGGGGGUUCGCCCGAUCGCCGUCGAUGUUGGGACUCAACGUGACGGCGCCACCGGCGGUGAGCCCGCCGCCGGGCAAGGAGCAGCAAGCGGCUGGGGUGGGGAUCCUCCUGCAGAUCUCUAUGCUGGUGCUUUCCUUCGUCGUCGGCCAUGUUCUCCGCCGUCACAAGUUCUACUACGUCCCCGAGGCCAGCGCUUCCCUCAUCAUAGGUUUACUUGUUGGUGGACUUGCUAAUAUUUCAGAUACUGAAACCAGUAUCAGGAGGUGGUUUAAUUUCCAUGAGGAAUUUUUCUUCCUUUUCUUGCUGCCGCCAAUUAUAUUCCAAUCUGGGUUCAGUUUAGCACCGAAACCAUUCUUUUCAAACUUUGGGGCCAUUGUCACAUUUGCUAUCUUAGGAACAUUUAUUGCUUCAGUGGUAACAGGGGUUUUAGUAUAUCUUGGUGGUUUAACGUUUCUGAUGUACAAAUUGCCAUUAGUUGAGUGCCUGAUGUUUGGUGCUCUCAUAUCUGCAACUGAUCCUGUUACUGUUCUGUCAAUAUUCCAGGAACUUGGUACCGAUGUGAAUCUAUAUGCCUUGGUGUUUGGAGAAUCUGUUCUAAACGAUGCUAUGGCAAUCUCCUUGUACAGGACCAUGUCAUCAGUUCAAAGUCAUGCCUCAUCGGGACAAAAUUUUUUUCUAAUUGUUGUGCGGUUUCUCGAGACAUUUGUUGGCUCAAUGUCAUCAGGGGUUGGUGUUGGAUUUAUUUCUGCUCUCCUCUUCAAAUAUGCUGGGUUGGAUAUCGACAACCUUCAGAACUUGGAAUGCUGUCUUUUUGUCCUUUUCCCAUACUUCUCUUACAUGCUAGCAGAAGGAUUAGGUCUGUCUGGCAUUGUCUCAAUACUGUUCACUGGAAUUGUCAUGAAGCAUUAUACCUUCUCAAAUUUAUCAGAAAAAUCUCAACACUUUGCUGCUGCCUUUUUCCACUUGAUUUCAUCAUUAGCAGAAACAUUUGUGUUUAUAUACAUGGGUUUCGACAUUGCAAUGGAGCAACAUAGGUGGUCACACCUAGGAUUUAUCUUCUUUUCAAUUAUCUUCAUAGGUGUUGCAAGGGCAGCACAUGUUUAUGUUUGUGCUAACUUGGUCAACAUGGCUCGACCAACAAGUCGUCAAAUACCUUUGAAGCAUCAGAAGGCACUGUGGUAUAGUGGUCUUAGAGGGGCUAUGGCUUUUGCACUUGCUCUGCAAUCAGUACAUGAUCUACCUGAAGCACAUGGCAAAACGAUUUUCACAGCUACCACUGCAAUUAUUGUUUUAACAGUAAUAUUGGUUGGAGGCUCAACUGGUACCAUGCUUGAAGCUUUAGAAGUAGUAGGCGAUGGUCAAGAUGGGGCUCUUGAAACCAUCGAGAGUAACAAUGGCUACAUUGCCCCAUCAUAUCAAGAAGGAACAUCAUCUGGGAGUAACCUGAAAAUGAGGCUUAAGGAGUUCCAUAAAAGCACAACAUCUUUCACUGCAUUGGAUAAGAAUUAUCUCACGCCAUUCUUUACUAGUCAAAAUGAAGAAGAGGACGUCUCUGAUGAAUCGAUGCGGACUCCUUCAAGAGGAAGAUUCCAAGACCGUGCAUAGAUUCCAUAUCGUUAAUUCGCCGGGGGAUCUCGAGAACCUAAUCGUUCUUCUUCACGAGCAUCAUGCUCACAGUCGCCAAGCAGGAAUUCAACCGACUUUCCCUCAUUAAGUGUAUUAGCCAUGUAAAAGAAAUCAUAGCUUCCCUUACACCGUGAUAAUGCAGCAAAAUAAUUUUCACGAUAAGUUUUAACCCGAGAAAUGAUGAAAGACAGCUUAUCAUGUACAUAUCGUCGCAGCAGUUCAGUAUUAUUUCAUGUA